CUCCGCACCAUGAUGCUAUAAAGCAGGGGCUCACUCUGUUCUCUCUAUUACCCCAUUAUGGCCCACAACCACUCUCACGAAAACUGCGGCGACGAGUCGCAUGGCCACGACCACCAGCACGGCAUCCCCGAGGCACAGGGGCAUCGGGACAACCUCUUCACCUACAUUGACCACCCGAAUGUAGUUGCGCUCAAUGCGGCUGCCCCGGGAAAGGGCCCGGAGGUUGUAAAGCCCUGGAGUGAACGACUUGAUGAAGAGAAGUUCCUCGAGUCAGAUGCGGACGAUCAAUUGAUUUUGCGCGUACCGUUCACCGGCUCUGUCAAGCUUCGUGCAGUACUCAUCAAGGCAGGACCGAGUGAUCAGACGCCCGCAAAAGUUGCAUUGUUCAGCAACCUUGAGAACGCAGACUUCUCAGAUGUCGUCGAUCUUAAGCCCGUUCAGGAAUUCGACAUCCCGCAAGGUAGGGAAGUGGGAGAGUAUCAUGUCAUGCCUGCCAAGUUCCCCAACGUCACAUCCCUCACGCUCUUCUUUCCUGCGUCGCAAGGUGCUGAUACCACACGAGUGUACUACAUCGGAUUUCUUGGUCAAUUCAGCGAGCGCAAGAAUGUGCCGGUGGUUACUGUAUAUGAAUCGCAAGCUAAUUUAGCGGAUCACGAGAAGAUCCAGGGUGUGGACGGCAAUAUCAGUACUCCCCAACCGUAAAGGUGGGCUAUGACGUUCAGUCAGCCUAGUCAUAGCAUCGAUGUCUGAGGGGAGACGUCGCCCCAAUGUACAAUAUUGAGCUUGUAGCAUAGCUUUGUGUCAAUUAGCAGCGCCGAUAUGAUGAUUGACCUGUCCUCG